AUGUUGGAAAAGAACCAAGCAGAGCAGGAACAAGUAGGUGACGGAAACAGACCGGAAAACAACUCACCAGAUGACCCAGAUUCUAAAAAGAAAAAAAAAUUACAAGAUAUUCUUGCAAGAAACACAAGCCCAAAGUCAGACAGAAAUGACGGUAAGACAAACACUUCAUUACCAAUCCCAGGCCAAGAUAUUUCCACACAAAAUAAAGAAAAUCCAACCGACUCAUGGUUGUGCCACGACUGCAAAAAAACACAAAGGGACCUCCAUGGCUGCAGUUGCUGUGAAAAUUGGUAUUGUGUAAAAUGUCAAAGGAUUCUAAGUGUAAAGGAAGCAAACUUCUUAAAAGCUUCAAAAUCAGAAGCUGUCCACUGGUACUGUAGCUCAUGUUACCCCAAAAUAAAUCGCCUGAUUGUCAAUGUUAACCAAUCUCAUGAUACUUGCAGCAGCAGCACACAGAACCUGGAUCCAAUCCCAUUAGUCGAUAAGGUCAGCAAGCAACUUGAAUCUCACAUGAAAACGAUGAUACAAAACACAUCAGAGUUCCUAGCCGACCACACCAGACAAAUGCUCCAAAGUAGUGAAGACACAUCCGAAAAACUCCUUCUCAAUAUAGACAGGAAAUUAGAUGGCCUACAAAAAGAUCUCGCAGAAUUCGCCAAAACAAGGAAUGAUAACAUGCAACCAAGGCCAAUCAACCAAAGUUUAAACAAUCAAAUAACCUCUCUAGUAACUAACACAGAUAGAGAGAAGAAAGUGCAAUGUUAUAAUACACAAUAUAAAGGAAGUGCAAGAUCCUAAUUACAGAAAUAGACAAAACCAUGACCAAGAGAAAGUCGAGGAAAUUCUAAAUGGACUGGAAAUUGACGCCAGUAUUGUAAAAACAGCAAGACUCGGUAAAAGACCAGAGGACAGGAACAGAAGUAGGCUAACACUAGUAACAAUGGGAUCUGAAGAUCAACAGAUACAAAUUAUCUCUAAAGCCAGAAACCUUAGAAGAGACCAAAGAUGGGACAAUAUCUACAUUCAUCCUGAUCAGACACCACAAGAAAGAGAGAAAGCAAAACAACUUAGGGAUGAACUGAGAUACAGGACAAAUGAGGGGGAAACAAAUAUUAUGAUUAAAGGUGGCAAGAUAGUACAAAUCCCAGAAAACCAAGACCAAGGAAGAAAUGUACAACCAAACAUCACCCCCAGCUGUAGUCAGACCCAAAGAAUAUAA